ACGGCCGGGCCGGGCGGCGAUGGCGGCGCGGGCCGCGCUGCUGCUGCUGCUGCUUCUCAUGGCGGCGGCAGCACCGGGCCCGGCCCAGGGCUCGCAGGGGGAUCGGGAACCGCUGUACCGGGAGUGCCUGAGCCGCUGCGAGCGGCAGAACUGCUCGGGGGCGGCACUGCGGCACUUCCGCGCCCGGCAGCCGCUCUACAUGGGCCUGACAGGCUGGACGUGCCGGGACGAGUGCCAGUACGAGUGCAUGUGGCUGACGGUGCGGCUGUACCAGCAGGGCGGGCACCGCGUGCCGCAGUUCCACGGCAAGUGGCCGUUCUCGCGGUUCCUGUUCGUGCAGGAGCCGGCCUCAGCCUUGGCCUCGCUGCUGAACGGCCUGGCCAGCCUGGUGAUGCUGCUGCGGUACCGGGCAGCCGUGCCCCCCGCAGCGCCCACCUACCCCACCUGCACCGCCUUCGCCUGGGUCUCCUUAAACGCCUGGUUCUGGUCCACCGUGUUCCACACCAGGGACACGGCGCUGACAGAGAAACUGGAUUAUUUCUGUGCUUCGGCCGUCAUCCUGCACUCCGUGUACCUGUGCUGCGUCAGGACGCUGGGGCUGCAGCGCCCAGCCUUAAUCAGCAUCUUCAGAGCCUUCCUCCUCCUCUUCCUCGCCGGCCACAUCUCCUACCUGAGCCUCGUGCGCUUCGACUACGGCUACAACCUGGUGGCCAACGCUGCUGCUGGUGGGAUGCUGACGGUGGCGUGGUGGCUGCGCUGGUGCCUGCGGCAGGGCCGGCGUUUGCCGCACGUGUGGAAAUGCGCGGCCGCGGUGCUGCUGCUGCAGGCGCUGGCGCUGCUCGAGCUGCUCGACUUCCCCCCCCUGGGCUGGGUGCUGGACGCCCACGCGCUCUGGCACAUCGGGACCAUCCCCCUCAACGUGCUCUUCUACAGUUUCCUGAUGGACGACAGCCUCUACCUCCUGAAGGCCAACUCCGACCUCUUCAAAGUGGACUAGAGCUGCUGGGGGGGGUGGGCAGAGCCCCCGUGCCCCCCCAGGGCUGUGCCCUGCCCUGUGCCAAGCAACCCCCCUGGCCACGGCCUCCUGACCCCCCCCGUUUGCCUUCUGAGGUUUGUGGGACCCCCCCAGACCCCCCUGUGCCCCCCAAUGUGGGCACUGAGGGGUUCAGGAGAGCUGAGAGCCCCCCAAAGCUUCCCCAGGCUGAGCUGGGGACCCCAAUGAGGUGACAGUGGCUGUUUGGGGACAGGUGGGUGAUUUGGGGGUGUCCAGGACAGCUGAGAGCCCCCCAUGCUGAGCUGGGGACCCCAAUGAGGUGGCAGUGGCUGUUUGGGGACAGGUGGGUGAUUUGGGGGUGUCCAGCACAUCUGAGCCCCCCCCAAACCCUCCCCAUGCUGAACUGGGACCCCAAUGAGGUGACAGUGGCUGUUUAGGGACAGGUGGGUGAUUUGGGGGUGUCCAGGAGAGCUGAGAGCCCCCCAAACCCUCCCCAUCCUGAGCUGGGGGACCCCAAUGAGGUGACAGUGGCUGUUUGGGGACAGUGGGUGAUUUUGGGGGGCUCUGUGUGCAUGGGGGGGCUCUGGCGGGGGUGGGGGGUGUUGUGUGGGUGCCUUGGGGCUGGGGGUGCCCCCUCCCAGCCCAGAGGGGCUGUGCCCCCCCAUUUCCCCCCUCCCUGGGUGUGUUGUGGGUGUGAAUAAAGCUGAGUUUCCAUCUGUGAGCUGCUG